CUCUCUCUCUCAGUUGUAUACUGUACAGCUGGCAAUUUACAGCCCAAAGGGGUGAAAGUCGUAAUUGCCUAUAAACUAACUGUCCUCUCCUCUCUUCCCCGUAAACCGAACGCUUCUAUGGCAUAAAUCAAGACGAAACACUUUAAAAAAAUAUAUAUUUGGAUAUAUUUUGUCGACUUUUGAAAACAUUAGAGGGAAUAUCAUUUAGUAGAUUAGAGUCCACCCCUGGAACUCUCUAAAACCGUUAUAAACUUUAAAGGCUGGACACUUUGUAACAGGUUUGAGAGAUGAAAACCUCAAGAUGGUGGCAGCGAUUUUCCAUCAUCAGCUUCCUGUUAGAGGUGUGGCUUCCUGCCUGGAUCAUGGCCCAGACCACGCCCCCUACCCAGGGCACCACCUCCCCCAAACCACAGAACGACCGGCUGCAGUUCCGUCUGGUUGUACCCCGAAAGCACAACGAGGGGCGCAUCGAAGUCUUCUACAAGGGAGAGUGGGGGACCAUCUGUGACGACGACUUCUCUCUGUCCAACGCCAACGUCCUCUGUCGUCAGCUGGGAUUCGUCUCCGCUACGGGUUGGACACACAGCGCCAAGUACGGCAAGGGCCAAGGGAAGAUCUGGCUGGAUAAUGUGCAGUGUAACGGAGGAGAGAAGAGCAUUGACCUGUGCAAAUCUCGAGGCUGGGGCAACAGUGACUGCACACACGACGAGGACGCUGGAGUCAUCUGCAAGGACGAGAGGCUUCCUGGGUUUGUCGACUCCAACGUCAUCGAUGUGCAGGUGGAUGAGGACAGGGUGGAGGAGGUGCGUCUGCGCUCGGUGGUGCCCACCAAAAAGAUGCCCGUCACCGAGGGCGUGGUAGAGAUUAAGUACAAGGAAGGCUGGGCCCAGAUCUGUGAUGUGGGGUGGACCCCCACAAACACUCGGGUCAUCUGUGGUAUGCUGGGGUUCCCCCAUGAGAGAAAGGUCAACAAGAACUUCUACAAACUGAACACAGAGCGUCAGAAGCACCGGUACCGCCUCCACUCUGUGGCAUGUGUUGGCACUGAAGUCCAUCUGGCAGCCUGCCCCCUGGAGACCAACAAGGGUAAUGCCACAGAGUCGUGUGAAGGUGGCAUGCCAGCUGUGGUCAGCUGUGUACCCGGACCCCUGUACGUACAGAACAACGGGCUGAAGAAGAAGAAGCUCAAAACUACGAGCACGGUGAGGCUGAAGGGUGGUGCCAAGCUGGGUGAGGGCAGAGUGGAGGUGCUGAAGAACAAUGAGUGGGGCACGGUGUGUGACGACCGUUGGACCCUGCUGUCAGCCAGCGUUGUGUGCAGGGAGCUGGGCUUCGGAUCCGCCAAGGAGGCUCUGACUGGAGCUCGCAUGGGAGAAGGGAUGGGUCCUAUCCACAUGAAUGAGGUCCAGUGUCUGGGGACGGAGAAGUCGAUGUGGAACUGCGGCUUUAAGAACAUAACCUCAGAGGACUGCCAGCAUGUAGAAGACGCCGCUGUGAGGUGCAACACGCCAUACAUGGCUCUGGAGAACUCGAUCCGCCUGACAGGGGGCCGUACGCGGUAUGAGGGGCGGGUGGAGGUGCUGAGCACAGAGGCUAACGGGACCAGGAGCUGGGGGCUGAUCUGUGGAGGGGCCUGGGGCACCAAGGAGGCCAUGGUGGCCUGCAGACAGCUGGGGCUAGGCUACGCUAACAACGGCCUGCAAGUGCGUAUCGUGGGAGGCAGGACGUACUAUGAGGGCCGUGUGGAGGUUCAGGUGGGGGCGCGGUGGGGCACAGUGUGCUCUGCAGGCUGGACCACUAAAGAGGCCAUGGUAGCCUGCAGACAGCUAGGCCUGGGAUACUCCAUGCAUGCCAUCACUGAAACAUGGUACUGGGACAGCAGUAACGUAACAGAGAUGGUGAUGAGUGGUGUGAAGUGUACAGGGAGCGAGAUGUCUCUGAGCCACUGUCAGCAUCACAAAACCGUCAGCUGUCAGAAGACAGCUGCUAAGUUCUCUGCCGGCGUCAUCUGCUCAGAGACUGCGUCUGACCUGGUCCUGAAUGCUCCCCUGGUCCAGCAGUCCGUGUACAUUGAGGACCGCCCGCUCCACAUGUUGUACUGCGCAGCGGAGGAGAACUGUCUGUCUAAGUCUGCUGCUGGUGCUAACUGGCCCUACGGACACCGCCGCCUGCUACGGUUCUCCUCUCAGAUCCACAACAUCGGACGGGCCGACUUCAGGCCCAAGGCUGGACGCCACUCCUGGGUCUGGCACGCCUGUCACGGACACUACCACAGCAUGGACAUCUUCACCCACUACGACCUGCUGUCGUCCAACGGGACCAAGGUGGCUGAGGGACACAAGGCUUCCUUCUGUCUAGAGGACACCGCGUGUCACGAGGGUAUCUCUAAGAGGUAUGAGUGUGCUAACUUCGGAGAGCAGGGCAUCACCGUGGGGUGUUGGGACCUGUAUCGCCAUGACAUCGACUGCCAGUGGAUCGACAUCACCGACAUCAAACCCGGAAACUACAUCCUACAGAUUGUGAUCAAUCCAAACUUUGAAGUGGCAGAGAGUGACUUCACCAACAACGCCAUGAAAUGCAACUGCAAGUACGACGGCCACCGGAUCUGGCUUCACAACUGCCAUAUGGGUGAUGCCUUCAGUGAGGAGGCAGAGAGGAAGUUUGAGAAAUACCCAGGACAGCUCAACAACCAGAUCUCAUAAUCUGCCUAGCGACACACCAAUCUCAUCAGACCCCCAUUGUACAAACAAACAAACAAAAAAAAGGGGGUGGCCGAUGCGUCUAACCAUGUUCAACAAUGGGAUAACCAAUCACCUGCCAGAAACCCAAUUCAUUAUCAUAUCUCAAACCAACCAACCAAUCACAACCAACAUCGUUAAAUCACAAGCAACAUUCCACAGGGCAGCAGUCAACAAGUGAGCUGAGACCAGGAUUCAAUCCCAACGCAUUUUGUCGACCAAUAGCACAUUUUUAAUAAAAGGUAUUGUUUCCUGCGUUUGCAGAGACCGCAUUCACGGUAAAACGCUCCGUGUGUCGGCUUCAAAUUAGCUUUAAAAUGUCCAGCUCGCUCUACCGCGGGUCAGAUUGAAUCCAGGCCUUGACAGGAGGAGCCAUGUUAUAUAGUGAAUCAUGUGUUGGUAUAUGUUACAUUGUGUCAUAUAGUGAAUCAUGUGUUGGUAUAUGUUACAUUGUGUCAUAUAGUGAAUCAUGUGUUGGUAUAUGUUACAUUGUGUCAUAUAGUGAAUCAUGUGUUGGUAUAUGUUACAUUGUGUCAUAUAGUGAAUCAUGUGUUGGUAUAUGUUACAUUGUGUCAUAUAGUGAAUCAUGUGUUGGUAUAUGUUACAUUGUGUCAUAUAGUGAGUCAUGUGUUGGUAUAUGUUACAUUGUGUCAUAUAGUGAAUCAUGUGUUGGUAUAUGUUACAUUGUGUCAUAUAGUGAAUCAUGUGUUGGUAUAUGUUACAUUGUGUCAUAUAGUGAGUCAUGUGUUGGUAUAUGUUACAUUGUGUCAUAUAGUGAAUCAUGUGUUGGUAUAUGUUACAUUGUGUCAUAUAGUGAGUCAUGUGUUGGUAUAUGUUACAUUGUGUCAUAUAGUGAGUCAUGUGUUGGUAUAUGCCAGUAUUUUUGUUAUUAUACUUGAAUACUUAGUGCUCUAAGAUUUUAUUUUUUAACAAACUUAGUUCAGAUUUUGUUUUUGUUCAAACGUGAGUAUAUUAUACUACAUUCUGUCACAGAAGAGGUAUCAGUCGAACCAUCCAAUGUUGUAGCAUCUCACAUAGUUCACACGUGAAGAUCUAUUUAGAUCAAAUUAAAAUCUGGACCUUGAAGCCA